CUCUUCAUUGAAUUUUCCAGCUCAACCUUUGAUCCAUUGGAGAACUGUUUAAACAAUACAAUAUCUGAAUAUCAUGUCGGUGAUGAGCUCAAAACCACAUGCGCUGCUAGUCCCAAGCCCCGGCAUGGGCCACCUCAUCUCCUUGUUGGAGGUCGCCACCUGCCUAGCCACACAUCACAACUUCCAUGCCACGGUCCUCGUCGUUUCAUCCAACACCUCUCCUGCUCUAUCACAGGUCAUCCAAUCCGCCAAGUCCCGUAAGCUCCUUGGCAUCAUUGAGCUCCCAGCACCCUCCGGCCACGACACCAACGCCGCCGGUUCAGUUUUCACACACCUCCCAGCCAUCAUGCGUGAUGUCCGACCAUCUCUCCAAUCCGCAAUUUCGGCCAUGGAGCGCAAGCCUAGCGCCAUGAUCGUUGAUCUUUUCGGCACUGCAGCACUCACCGUGGCAGAAGAGUUCCGUAUGCUCAAGUAUGUAACAGUAGCCUCUGCUUGGACGCUAAGUUUGCUUUUGUAUGCGCCAAUCCUGGAUAAGCAGAUAGAAGGAGAAUAUCUGGAUCAAAAGGAAUUGUUAAACAUCCCGGGUUGCAAGCCGGUUCGACCUGAAGAUGUGGUGAAGCCGAUGAUGAAUAGGAAGGAUCGGGAAUACGAAUCCUUCAUAAGAAUUGGAAAAGAGAUUACUUCAGUGAGUGAUGGAAUCUUGAUCAACACAUGGGAGGAUCUGGAACCGACUUGUCUUGAAGCUAUGAGGGAGCACCCGGACUGGAAGCAGAUAACUAAGGUUCCGCUGUACACUAUCGGUCCCAUGGUUAGACUGGCAGGGCAGUCCGGUGGUGGUGGUCCGAGGAAUGAGUUGUUGGAUUGGCUGGAUAAGCAACCAAGGGAGUCUGUGCUCUAUAUUUCAUUUGGCAGUGGUGGGGUUCUUUCGGCUGAACAGAUCACAGAGAUGGCUUGGGGUUUAGAGCUUAGUAAGCAGAGGUUUAUAUGGGUGGUGCAGCCACCAAGCAAAGGAGGUGCUCAAGGCAAUGACAUUUCAGAGUAUUUGCCUGAGGGAUUCAUGGCUCGGACUCAUGACAAGGGUCUAGUGGUCACCACUUGGGCUCCUCAGUCGGAAAUCUUGACACAUGCAGCCGUUGGAGGGUUCCUAUCGCACUGCGGUUGGAACUCAGCGCUGGAGAGUAUACUGAAUGGCUUGCCAAUGAUCGCAUGGCCACUAUACGCGGAGCAGAAAAUGGUUGCUACACUGCUGGUGGAGGAGCUAAAGGUGGCGAUUCGACCUAAAGUGUUGCCAACAAAAGCACUAGCAGGGAGGGAGGAGAUUGAGAUGUUGGUGAGGAAGAUUACGGAGCAGAAAGACGGAGAUGCAAUGAGAGCAAGAGCUAAAGAACUGAAAGCAAGUGGGGAAAAAGCUCUCUGUGUGGGUGGAUCUUCUUUCAACAUGCUGUCUGAAUUGUCAAGGCUAUGCAAGAUCAAUACCGAACAGCAGUGCCGGACAGUAGGGACUGAUCAAAUUCUUGUUUAGGCGGUUUUUCGUGUUGCUAGUCUUCUUUGAGUGACUGAUGGGAUGUGAACUCAAGGGUUUCUUACAGAUUCUUGCUGUAUUAACACAAUUCUUGCUUUAGUAGCCUACUUGAGGUCUUACUGUUCUAAAAACAAGAGGCUAGAGGUGUGUAUAAUAAGAGAGCUUUUUCCAGCUUUUAGUAACAUAAUAUAGAAAUG